AUGCCUUACGGACUGCAAGCCAUGCUCAAAGAGGGGCAUAAGCAUUUCAGCGGGCUCCAGGAAGCAGUUAUGAAGAACAUCGAAGCCUGCAAGGGCUUGGCGCAGAUCACGCGGACAUCUCUUGGGCCAAACGGCAUGAACAAGAUGGUUAUCAACCACCUGGAGAAGCUUUUCGUGACGAGCGAUGCGAGCACGAUAGUGAGCGAGCUGGAGGUGCAGCACCCCGCUGCUAAGCUGCUUGUUAUGGCAGCAAAAGCACAGGAGGCAGAGAUCGGGGAUGGGACAAACCUGGUGCUGACCUUGGGCGGAGAGCUGCUGUCUAACGCAGAAUCUCUCCUGCGGGAUGGCCUCCACACGUCAGAGGUGGUUGAAGGCUACCAACGAGCGUCUGAGAAGGGCCUUGAAGUCCUCGAGUCCUUGGUGUUGCCCGAUACCAAGGAUGCGGACGUGCGCGACAAGGCCGAGAUCGCUCGGCGGCUCAAGGGCGCCAUCAGCAGCAAAAUCAACGGCUACGAGGACCUGCUGGGGGGUCUAGUGGCGGAGGCGUGCAUCGACGUGUGCCCCAAGAACCCCAACAACUUCAAUGUCGACAAUGUGCGGGUCAUCAAGAUUCAGGGCGGCACCUUGCUGGACAGCAACGUGGUCAAGGGCAUGGUCCUCAAGCGCGACACUGAGGGCAGCAUAAAGGCCGUGGAGGACGCCAAGGUGGCUGCGUACACGCAAGGUGUGGACACCUCUUCCACUGACACCAAGGGCACCGUGCUCAUUAAGAGCGCGGAGGAGCUGGAGAAUUACUCCAAGUCGGAGGAGUCCAAGCUAGAGGAGUACAUAAAGGGCAUCGCAAGCAGCGGAGCGCGUGUGGUGAUGAGCGGUUCGUCGAUCGGCGAGAUGGCGCUCCACUUUUGCGAAAAGUACGGGUUGAUGGUCGUCAAGAUGCCGUCAAAGUUUGAGCUCUCGCGCCUGUGCCGCGCCACGGGCACCACGGCUCGUGCCACCUUUGGCGCGCCCUCGCCUGAUGAGCUCGGGUUUGCCAAGAGCUUGCGCGUCCAGGAGAUUGGCGGCACCAACUGUCUGGUUCUCCAGCAGGACGCAGCGCUAGGCUCUAUCUCCACAAUCGUGCUCCGUGGUUCCACAGAGGGCUUCCUGGACGAUGUGGAGCGGGCGGUCAACGACGCCAUCAACACGUACAAAGCGCUGUGCCGGGACUCAAGGAUGCUGCCGGGGGGCGCAGCACCGGAGAUCGAGCUCGCACGGCAGAUCGCUGACUUUGCCAAGAAGCAGACGGGCCUCGAGCAGUACGCCAUUACCAAGUACGCAGAGGCAUUCGAGGUGGUGCCAAGGACGUUGGCAGAGAACUCGGGGCUCAACGCCACAGACGCCCUGUCAGCGCUCUAUUCGGCACACGCCGCUGGACAGGUCAACGCCGGUCUGGAUGUGGAUGGUGGAGCCCCACGAGACUUGUCCACCGCGGACGGCAUCAUGGACCUCUUCUCUACGAAAUGGUGGGCCGUCAAGUUGGCAACGGAGGCGGCCUGCACGGUGCUCAAGGUGGACCAGAUUAUCAUGGCCAAGCAGGCUGGAGGGCCGAAGGCGCGUGGUGGCGAUGGUGACGAUGACUGA